CGCGCGCGCACACGAUUACGCAGCAGAGCGCGUUUCCACUGACAGCUCCUGAUAAACACACCCAGUGUCACUGCGAGUGACACACACACACUCCUCAACCCUCUCUCUCUCUUUCACCCACACACUCGCGCGCACUCAGGUCUUGGCGAGGCGCGCACGCGGACGCGCACGGGAGUCGCGCUUCUCCACGCGGUUCCGCUUCCCUCGCAGGGGGGGCGAAGGCGGGAGGACCCGUCCGGGGGUGUCGGUGUCGGUGUCGGGGGCGGGGGUCCAUGGCAGGAAGAUGGCGGCGCUGAAGCAGGAGCAUCGCUACGGACUGUCCACGUCCACGUCCACGUCCACGCAGGGCAGAGUGUCUGUGCUGCACGUGAAGCUGACCGAGAGCGCGCUGAGGUCCGUGGAGGAGAACCGGAGCGGCGGGGGUCCACGUGGUCAGCCCUCGAUCCGCUUCUCUGGGAACCAGGGGAAAAUCUACGUCCCGCGAAGGGGCCGUCCCGGGGAGGUACAAACGUUUGUCUUCUACCUGUCCAGCGUGGGCAAGGACAACCCCCAGGAGAGCUUUGAGUGCAUCAAGCAGUAUGUCACCUGUGAAGGGAGUGUCCGGCUGGAGUGUGCGGGCGGGAUCCAGCACAAGAUCAUUGUGUGCGCCACGGACGACUCGUACCAGAAGGCCCGGCAGAGCAUGAUGCUGUCCGAGGAGGAGACGCGCAGCCGCGGCGCCGUCGUCAUCAAGCCAGGCAGGAGGUACCUGGGAAAGCAGGUGCAAAUCUGGAAACCCGCGCCGGGUGUGUCGCACGUCGCCCCCUGCAGGCAGCCGUCACGUCCCGUCGUGUCGUCCGGCGCCGCGAAGAGGAGCGCGGGUUCCGGGUCGCGACCCCUGCGCGAGCGGCUCGCCCACCUGCUGGCGCUGAAGCCGUACCGCAAACCCGACCUGGUGCAGCGUUUGCAGAAGGACGGCCUCACGGCUCAGGACAGGCACGUUCUGGACGAGCUCCUGCAGGAGGUGUCCACCCUGCACAGGGACAGCACCUUCACGCUGAAGGACGCGUUCUUCGGCGAGGUGCGCAAGGACUGGCCCGGCUACACCGAGGGGGACCGGCAGCUGCUCCAGAGAGUCCUCCUCAGGAAGUCGGCUCAGUCCCAGAAUGCCCCUCCCGUUCCCUGCGAGCGACCCCCCGACCCCCUGAUGGACCCGACUGACUUGCCACCUUCCCAGAAACGGCCGAAGGAGUUCCAGGACCCUCUGGCCAACAAAAAGCCCAGGAUAUCGCACCUGGCCAGCAAAGGGGCGGGGCCUGUCAACAGCAAGCUGGGCAUGUCCAGCAGGAGAGAAGGGGGGGAGGUGUGGGUGGAGGACAAGUUGACCGUCUCACGCAUCCUGUUACCGGGCGUCACGCGCUCGUCCGACCCGCUGUCCGACGUCAGCAAUGACUCGGCUCACAAGAGGAAGGACCACGAAGACCCGCGUGCCGUUAAGGCCGAGAAACUCUGCCCACCGCCGCCUGGUCGAGGCUCCGCCCACUUUCCGCUCCGAUCCGGGACGUACUCUGAGAAUAAUACUAAAAGUGCAGAGGGGCCCUGCUGUCUUUCAGACCACAAGGGGGCGUGUCAGAGCUCCGCCGAGCCCUCGGGCGCAGCGCCCAAGCCCAGCUACCUGCAGAAGUACAGGACGGUGCGCUCCCAGGCGCAGCGGCAGGAAUACAAGAGCGACUUCAACAUGGAGUACAGCGAGUACCGGCGGCUGCACGCGCACAUCGAGGGCGUCACGCGCCGCUUCACGGAGCUCGACUCGGAGCUGCGCCAGCUGCAGCCGGGCACCGCCGCGUACGAGACGAUCCACAACCAGAUACUGCAGGAGUACCGCAACAUUAAGAAGGCGAACCCGACAUACAGCCAGGAGAAGAGCCGCUGCGAGUUCCUCCACAGGAAGCUGGCGCACAUUAAGAAGCUCAUAGCCGAGUUCGACCAGCGACAGCUUCACGGGUGGACCUAGGGUCAGGACCCCAGGUCUGACCUCCGGCACCGAGAGUCCGGUCCCGCCUGGCUGUGGUACGGACCGGUCCGACACCCGGCGAAGACUCAGCGCCAGAGCCUCUGAGAAGAACAGUCCACUAUUAUUAUUAUUAUUAUUAUUAUCUAUUGUUUUCUACUUGUGUGGUUUUUCUGUCCAGUUGGCGUCUCCACCUGGAUUCACUCAGUUAAGGGUUUGGGGCUCAGAGCAAAGCAAAGUUCUGAAACGAUCCCUUCGUGUAAAACAAAAAUGUAUUUUUGCACCCUCAGCAUAUGGUCAUUUAAGGAGUUCAGUUGUUCAUUUUUUAAUUGCAUAGGAUAAUAUUUUCUCAUUAAUUUUUGUGUUACAAGAUGUAAAAACCCAAACACAUUUCAGUCUUUGGUUGUUUUGAACGCACCGGCUCCUUAGCUUACAAACACAACUGUCUGUAACUCAAUUUGUUUGUAAGUCCAGUUACUUUUUCCCGCUAUGCAACAGUAAAUAAAAUCCUUAAAUGUUGCGUAAAAACCUGCGAGUCGUAUUAAAUAAAGCAGAACUCGGAGCUCUGAUCCAGUAGGGCCCAAAAACCUGUCCACGCUGCUCAUCCUGCUCAUCCUGCAGCACGAGGAACACCACGCAGGAGCCGUAAACACCGUGGAAGGGAGUUGAAUCCUCUGUGCUGC